GCCUCCAGCUGACAGUUCCGGUGUGUGACAGCACUGAUGCCCCUGAUUCCGCUGGUCACUUCCUAGACACUCCUCACAAUCUCCCAUCUCCGGACUCCCUGCCGCCGCCCAGUCUCCUCACCCCAGGUGCCCCUGCCAAGCCUCCGCGAUGCUGUCCCUCCUGUCUCGACUCCUGGACUGGUUCCGCUCUCUCUUCUGGAAGGAGGAGAUGGAGCUCACCCUGGUCGGGCUGCAGCACUCGGGCAAGACCACGUUUGUCAAUGUCAUAGCGUCAGGUCAAUUCAGCGAGGAUAUGAUUCCCACCGUAGGAUUCAACAUGCGCAAAGUCACCAAAGGCAACGUUACAAUAAAGAUAUGGGAUAUUGGCGGCCAGCCGCGUUUCCGCAGCAUGUGGGAGCGUUAUUGUCGUGGGGUCAAUGCAAUAGUGUACAUGAUUGACGCUGCAGACAGAGAGAAGAUUGAAGCGUCUCGGAAUGAACUGCAUAAUCUCCUGGACAAACCCCAGUUACAGGGUAUUCCGGUCUUGGUGCUUGGGAAUAAGAGAGAUCUUGCCAGCGCUCUGGAUGAGAAGCAGCUGAUUGAAAAAAUGAACCUUUCAUCGAUACAGGACAGGGAAAUCUGCUGCUAUUCCAUUUCGUGUAAAGAAAAGGAUAACAUAGAUAUCACUCUGCAGUGGCUCAUCCAGCAUUCCAAGUCACGUCGCAGCUAAAAUCGACUUUGUGUCUUUGCUGCUCUGCGUUCUUGGACAAGCGUAACUGCUCUGCACCCAGAGACUCGCCCCACCCCUAAAACGCGCAUCCCUGAAAGCUCUCCUUAAUGCCCAUCGAGGAUGUGCUUGGUUCCAGACUUUAAGGUUUAUCGUCUGUGGCUCUUCCACCUAGCUGUCUGUGGCCAUCUAAUAAGAGACUAUUUUCCCUUCUGCCUCUUGAUCUCAAGGAAAAGACCUGUUCCCUUUCUGCUGUCCGUCAUAGGAAGGGACUGACCCUUAAUUGUCCACUUGUAAGGUAACCCCCCAAAUGUUUUUAUUCGUCCAUGGGAAGAAUCAAUACUAUGCCUUUCAUUCCAACAAGUGGCAUCAUCCUUCUUGCUGUUCACACCAGGGCAUGUCUGUCCACUUCCUACCCUCUUCAUAUUGAAAUAACCAUUUCCGUCAAGCUUCAUUCACGUUGA